GCCCGAUGUCAAUCCAACUGGUUGCUAAACGCUACGAAAAUAUCAUCAGGAACGAGUUUAAUUUUGUAAAGAACAAAUAGAGGCAACAUCAUUGCAGUGGCUACUUUGCUACCGUGACACACGAGCCCGACUAGUUCUCCCGACCGAUCGACUCGAAGGAACCAACAUCCACACGCUUCACCCGGGAGCUUGCUCCAAUUCGGCUGGGCACCGAGUGACCACCUCUCCAGAGUCCCGGAACGACGCGACCUCGAAGAUGCGUGGUGCUCCGUCGCCAUCAACGCAGCCGCAACUAAUUUGAGCAGCGCCUUGCCGCACCACCCCGACAACCCGAGCGGGUCUGUGACGGUCUAUAGAUGGACAACUCGCGCCCGAAUGGCGCCUCCAAUGGCGGCAUGUCUUACGGCAGAGAGAUGACGCGGGCCGCGAGGUUCGACGACGAGAAGCGCCGCCUCAUCGACAGUUGUUUUAUGAAAAAAGACGAAGAUGGCUCCAUCAUGGAGACGUACAUCACGCACAUCAAAAUCACCGAAUUCUCGACGCAUCCAACCACGCCUCCACCACCACAAGCUCGAACUCCUCAAGUCGAAAAGCCUCGUGUCAUUGCUGUAGCUGUCAGGAAAUCUGGCAGAGUACGAAUGCAUAAGACAAAGGAAAACGCUAAUGGGACAUUCUCCAUUGGCAAAACUUGGAAUCUGGAUGACCUGAGCGCUAUUGAAUCCUUCACUGCUGCCUCGACUCCCCCAGACUACAGGCAAUGGGCUGGAGACGUUGGCUUCACCGUGACACUAGGCAAGCCCUACUACUGGCAAGCCCAGACUGACAAGGAAAAGAAGUUUUUCAUUGCAAGUCUUAUUAAGAUCUAUGGCAAGUAUACUGCUGGAAGAAUACCUGUGCUCACCGGCUUUGACCCCGCGGAGCUGGAACAGGUCGUGGGGAGCGCCCAGCGCCGGCCAGGCCAGCCUCAGUUGCAGCAAUUCUCGCCUCAGCCGACGACUACAGCGGCCUCGCCCAUGCCCAAUCGCUCGCCCGCUCCAGAACGCCCCGAACGAACGCAGCCGCAGGACCGGCAGCCAUAUGCAAGCCGAUCCGCCUUCCCAGAUCGUGGGCCUGCACAAGAGCAAGCUUCGCCACAAAGUGCCAUGUCCACUGCACCAAGCAGUUAUGGCAGGGAACGACCCGACUACAGUCGUCCACCCCCACGAGGGCCACUGCGACAAGAUGGGGCAUCAUCCCCUUCCGCAAGUAUAAACUCUUCCAGGUCGGCCAACCAGGAUGCUCUACGACGACUUGCAGGUGGAAACAUUAGCCAGGAUUCGGUCGCGGGGAGGAGUGAUGACGGCAGCAUCUCCACGACCAGGUCACGCGAAAGACCUAUGAACGGAGCUACCUCCGCUGCAGCUGCGUCUGAUCAGUCUCCUCGUGACGAGCGGCCUCCUCCGGAGAGGAGGCGUCCGCCCGUGGAAACGUCUCGACAGCCGGUGCUUUCUCAGGGCAUGACCGACGAGAGCUUGAUGCCGGCACCCUUGAUGCGUCGUGACAGGGAGCCGACAGUUCCACCCAGGAGCGUCGCGCGGAAACCUUCAGUUGCUUCGCGUUCCGAAACAAGUUCGUUGUACGACAGGUCUGCGCCCGCACAAGAGCAAAGCAGACUUGAAGCGAUGCCGAGAAGCCCUGCGGCACCUUCCAGCCCCUUUUCGAAACCCCCAGAACCGAAACCCGUCGUUGAGACACCACCACCCCCGCCUGAAGAACCGUCACCCAUCUCGCCCGAGACGCCUACUGACUCGCCGGUGUCUCCAGAGGAGGAGACACGGCCUGGUCUCGGUCCGAUGAUAAAGAAGAAGAUGUCAAAGGGAGAGAUCAAAGGGAUGUUCUUCAAGGCUGCCUCGGCUGGUGGAGCCUUCCGACCGCGUCCUGGAGGAGCUGGUGAGAGGUUGCGCCUGGCAGCGACUAAGGCCAUGGCAGCUGAAGGUCCAGAUGGUAUCACUGGUGUUGUACCAGCGCCCCCGAAGCCUGCCCCGGCGCCGGUCGAGAAGGAAAAGGAAGCAGAGAAGCCAGCAGCAGCUUCAUCUGUGGAGGCAUCGCCCAUCAACGAGAUUCCUGCAGUCACAGUCACGGCAUCUCAGUCAACUCAGUCAACCACCCUUGUGGCUGGUGGUGAGGCAAAGGCGCCAGAGGAUCCCAAAGAGCAGAGUGAAGAAGCAAAAAAUCAAUCCAGUCGAUCUAUUGUUGUCAGCAAUGACAUCAAAUACCUUACCAGCCUGGGAGUCGAUCCUGCGCUGUUGGAUAAUAGGAGUGUUGAGUUUAGUAAAUGGCUCGACCAUUUCAACUGGGUGCCAGGCGAUCAGAUGCGGUCCAAGAACUUUGACGAGUUACGGAUCGACAUUGAUCGCGAGCUAAACAAGGCUCAGGCUGGCGGGUGGCUAGCUCGCUUCAAGGAGGAAGAUGACAGAGUCGAGGGCAUCAAGAAGGGCAUUGACCUGUCGAUACAAGAAUGCGAAGAGCUGGAUAAUCUUCUGACCUUGUACAGUGUUGAGUUAUCAACUCUAUCGGAUGACAUUGCCUAUAUUGAAGCACAAGGUCAGGGUCUGCAGGUGCAGGCGGCGAACCAAAAGUUGCUCAAAAAGGAACUUGAAUCCCUCCUCGACACUUGUGCAAUCACGACUGAUGACCUCGAGGCGCUCAAGAAUACACCUCUCGAGGACCCAGACGGUCUUCACGACAUUGAGACUGCCUUGGUCACGCUCUUCAAAGCAAUGAUCAAGAUCGAUCCAUCACUUGGCAACCCUGACACCAAGAAAUCCGAGGACGAUGGCGCCGAUACUGCCAUGGGUCUCGACAGCGACUAUGGGAAGAUGCGUAUUGUCCAAGAAAAGAAAGAGAUGUACAUGGCCGAAAGCAAGGCAUUCAUGCGGCGUCUACUUCUGUUCACAGGCGAUCGAUUCAAGGAAGCUUUCGACCAGACCAGGAGAGCAGUGGAAGGACCCAUGUCCAAAAAGGCAGAUCCCCGUAACCACGAAGUUGGGAGAGAUAUGCUGUGGAUGUACAGUCCUUUGAUGCUCUACGCAAGGGAUGUGGACCUCCCUACCUGGGAUAGGAUCAUUCACAUCUACCAGGAGACGAGUCUGCCUGUUUACAAGGAUGAAUUCAAGGAUGCUCUCGACCGCUGGAAGAUCAACUCAAAGUCAGUUGGGGACGAUGCUGACCUGCUCUUUACAUCCAUACAAAAUGAGAAGCAACAAGAGGGUAUCGCUAGCGCAGCGAGGAAGUUGACUGUGAAGCGGAGUGGAACGUUGGCUAGAACGUUCCGCGGUGAAAGCAAAACAAGUCUUGUCGAGAAGCCUACUAAUACGCAUGGUCAGCCAUGGGAGGCCUUCUCGGGUGCCAUGGAUGAUCUCAUGCCACUGGUGGAAAUGGAGCAAAACUUCAUGAUUGACUUCUUCCACGCCACUACACUGGAGCAUCUUGACUUUCCUGAUGCGGUGGCAGGAUUCCGACCACGAGAGCGACGAGGGGGCGAUCUCAAACGCCACAGGAUGAAGGAGCCCGAUCGUGAAUUGGCUAGGCGCAUCACGCGGGCAAUGGAAACCACAUUUGGCUUUUUGGAGGUCGAGGUCCAAAGGUUCAUCGACUGGGUCCUGGCCAGCAAUCCCAUUCAAGGAAUUGGUGUUCUAGCAACUCUCGAAAAGAAAGCCAGUGAACUUGGAACUUCAAACCAAGAUUUCCUGAUGAGCGUGCUGCAAAAAUUGCAGGGUGUCCUCGAAGGUCGUUUCAAGCGAUUCGUCGACGAACAAAUUCGCGCCAUUGAAGAGACCAAGGUAAAGGUCAAGAAGCGAAAGGGAGUGGCACCGUUUAUCCGCAUUUUCCCCAACUUCAGCACGGCGGUGGAAAACAUGAUGGCCGACGUCGACAGCGAGCAGAACGUGCGCAAGUUGGUCGAUCGUGAGUACGAGCGCAUAAUUAGAAGCAUGUUCGACUCUGUGAAGAUGAUUGCGCGCGACAACCCGUCAGUGUCGGCAGCGGCCAACAGCUCACUUCCGGAUCCUGAGGACAAGGAAGCACUCAACUAUCACAUCCUGAUGAUUGAAAACAUGAACUACUUCCUCGAUGAGCUCAGCAAGUCUCACGGGCAGAGUUCGAGCGGCACACAAGAACCUGAAGUAUUACAGCAGUGGAAGGAGAAAGCAAGCUCUGACUUGGCGGAGCACAUGUCAAUGUAUCUGAACGCAGUUAUGCGGAGACCUUUGGGCAAACUAUUGGAGCAUCUCGAGAACGUCGAGGCACAGCUGGCGAGCGGAAAGACGGCUAGCGCGGUGGCGGCACAGCCCAGCAACAGCAAGGCCAUCUUUAACAAGGUGCUUGGAAAUUAUGACGCCAAAGAAGUGCGAAAGGGACUCGAGGCGUUACGAAAGCGCGUCGAGAAACACUUUGGUGACUCGGAUGAAGGCAGCGGGGGCGCCGGGCCAGGCUACUCUCAGCAGCAUGAACAUACUCAGGGGCUGGUCAACAGGGUGCUGCGCGAGUGUGAACGAUUCUACACUGAUGUGGGAUCACGUAUCGAGAAUAUCACGACGAACGUAUACGGAGGGGAUGUUUUGUUUGAGUGGCCGAGGGCGGAGGUUAAAGCUGCAUUUUCGAACCUUGGGAGAGGGUGAGGGGGACGUUCUCUGAUAGGGUGAAGGAUAAUGAAGGGCUAGGCGAGUGAAUAUACUUGCACAGUGACUGACAAUGUUCCUCUCUCACCUGUACCAAAGUAAAAUGAGACGCCAAGUGGUCUCGGUGUCGUGUUACGAAGCUGGUGCCCGGGUGAUAAUUUAUGAUGGAUAAUGUCGGC